CUAGCAUAUAUAAAACACAUCUAAUCAUAUAUAGCGCCCAUUAGAAUUCUAGAAUUCGUUAGAAGCGAUACCAUUAAUCUAAGAUGAUGAAGGUUAUUGCAAUUCUUUGUUUGUUUAUGUUUGCAAAUGCUGAAGACCAAUAUGGCUCAAUCGAUGCUGACAUCAAUCUCUCCGAAGUGUUGAGCAAUGAUCGAUUAUUAGCAUCGUAUGGAAAGUGUUUAGUUAAUAAAGGACCGUGCACUCCUGAAGUUAAAAAACUAAAGGAUAAGAUUCCCGAGGUUUUAGAAACUCAAUGUGCAAAAUGUACUGACAAGCAAAAGAACAUGGGUAAAACCUUAGUUAAGGAAAUUAAAGCAAAACAUCCAAACAUUUGGUCAGACUUGGUUUCGUUUUAUGACCCACAAGGAAAAUACCAGAAAUCAUUUGAAGAAUUUCUUAAAGAUUAAAAAAUAAAAUAACCAUAAUAAUUUAUAAAAUUACCGCGUGAUUAUAACGCUAUCAAAAUUUAAUAUGUAUUAUUAUUGAUAUAACCAAAUUAAACAUUUUAUUUUCAUA